UUUCUUUCGUGAACAAUUAAAUUGUAACCAACACAUCAUAACUCAGUACACAAGGGACAGUUCUGGGAGCUGUUCGACCCCUUUCCUCUACAAAGACAUAACUUAGUACACUACUAGAGUGCCACACAUGCACAUGUUUUUGUAUGUGCAAAUGCAUGUGUUUGUGUGUUUGUGUGUGUGUUUGUGUGCGUGUGUGUGUGUGUGCAAAUGUGUUAGCGUGAAGAAAAUGAACAAGAAUACAAAGGUUCAUAACACCCAGGUUACCACGAAAUUUAUUUUACCUUAUUUCUCCGAAAAACUUGGCAUUGAAGUCUACAAAAGAAACUCGAUAAGACUGGAGUUGAUAGUUAAAUCACUUGUAUUCUCUCUCUUUGUGACACCAACUCAAUCGCCUGUAAACUUGUCCUCUGUAAAUGUAUAGCUGCGCUUAAUGUCCUUUUGCCGAUGGAGAUGGAAAAGUGCAUGGCAAUCAAUGAAAUAGCCAGGCCUUCAGUUACAUUGCCAGCAUCAUGUCAUCAGCAAUAAUCGUUACCGUCACCGAGACGACGGCCGAGGCUGUUGAAGUCUCUCCGUAGAAAAAGCAUCGAACCCGUUGUUGCCUUUUUUUCGGUAGGAAAUUUGUAAUCCGUUUUUCCUGCGAAGUGACACGCGGACAUGGCUUUACUCAGUGCGAGGAAUCGUCCUCUUGAAGUUUAGUGGAUGAUACCGUGAUCAUUGCAGAAACUGAAGAGUUGAGUUGCAUGCCCGGGAAGGAUUUUUUCACAACAAUGAAGUCAUUUGGUGAAACCCUGCUUAUUAUCUUGACAUCAUCUCCUAUCGUCGGAUGUCUACAAAAUGAAAUAUUUGUCCUUCACAGCAACACAACUAUCAAGUCUCCUGAAAGCAGCGUCGCAGAGACCGAACGAGAAGGCAUUGAAAAGGAGGUUCUUGGACCUUUGCGCAUUUGGCACAUAGUGUUCAUCGUCGGCAGUGUUAUUCUUGUUGUUUUGACUGUGGUGUGCUGCUGUAUGGAGAUCAGAAUUCCAAGAACAAGGACUGAAAUAGAAGAAAACUAUCAUAAGCGUCGUCUAAAUGAAAAGUACCUUCAUCAGCUGGAAAGAACUCCCGACGUUAUCUUGCGGAAAAAGAUAUCUCCUCAACAUGAAAAGAAAGGGGCCAGGCGUGCGAACCCCAAACCAGCGCCCGAGGGUCGGUCUGCUUCCAAAGGCAUCAGUCAACACCAGCAUCACCAGGAGGUUCCGCCAGUCGCCUCGCGCGCUGCUCGACCCGAUCAUGGCAGACCGAUGGACAAGCAGGCCAUGAUUGCAAAGAUAGCAAGAAGACAAAUGUACGGAGUACAAAAUCCACUUGCACUCAGUGCCGUUAGCUUGUUGCAAGGACGACGACAACAGCAGCAGCAACAACACGACUGACUCAUCGCUAUAUCAGACAUGUUAUAUCGUUAUUCUCCUCACACUUAGUAUAUGUCCGCGUGGUCACGCUCAUAUUUAUUUCACCAACCAUUGCGUUCACAUCGUCUGCAACCGCUUUGAAAAAAAUGCAUACUGGUUGGAUGUUUUUCCCCUUUUUUAGUCGUAGUACAUUGUUUUAACUGAUAUUGUUGAAACUUGUCACAUAAUGUUAAGAUUUUUCUGUAAUAUU